CUUCAGCGUCGCCCUGUCUAGUGUGUAGCAGCAGCUGCGUUUGAGCUAAACUGCUAUUGAGGUUAGAGACCCCCCGAACAAGUCAGAUUGACUUAAAUUAUAUAGUGACAUUGUCGACUAGUACUAUCUACCUACUUUAUAUUGUGGGACACAUUAGCAGCAACUAGUUUCACAGGCUAAAACUCAGAGCUUAGCUAAGUAGCUGAGCAGACUUGUCAUGGGAGGGUGAAGAUAAGCAAUUUUACAGUUUCGGAGGGGAGCCGCCUACUCAUGUAUGAACAUAAAGACCCACCACGGAGGCAGCAGGCUGAAGGAGAAACAUCUUCCCAAACCAGGACCAGAAGAAGGUCCGGACCAGACACGAUGGGGACUGCGAUGGCCCCGGUUCUCCACUGGGUCCAAGAUGUAGCAGCUGUCACGCUCCUCAAAGCCCGGCGGACUUUAUUUCAGGCUGCCAUCCUGUUCUGCGUCCUGUUUCUGCUACUUUGGGUGUCCAUCUUUCUCUACGGGAGCUUCUAUUACUCCUACAUGCCCACCGUGAGCUUCUCCACCCCUGUGCACUUCUACUACAGCUCUGAUUGUGAUGCCUCAGAGUCAGCACUUUGCUCCUUCCCCACAGCCAACAUCUCUUUCAUGAAGAAUGACAAAGACCAGGUGAUGGCUAUUGGUCAGCCUUAUCGAGUGUCUUUGGAGUUGGAGAUGCCGGAGUCUCCAGUGAAUGAGAACCUGGGUAUGUUCAUGGUCAAGAUGUCUUGCUACACCAAGGGUGGAAAGACCGUCUCAUCUGUGGGUCGAUCCACAAUGUUACAUUACCGGUCCAGCCUCCUGCAGAGCCUGAGCACUUUACUGUUCUCCCCUUUUCUUCUGGCCGGGAUGGCCGAGCAGAAGCAGCUCAUAGAGGUCGAGCUCUUCUCAGACUACAAGACAAAUGCUUAUCAACCCUCUGUUGGUGCAGUCAUUGAGAUCCAGUCCAAACGAGUGCAGAUCUACUCAUCACAACUUCGCAUCCAUGCCUACUUCACGGGUGUACGAUAUGUCCUGUACAACUUCCCCCUGACAUCGGCAGUGAUUGGCGUGGCCACCAACUUCGCCUUCCUCAGUGUCAUUGUGCUGUUCAGCUACCUGCAGUUCAUUUGGGGUGGGAUCUGGCCUCCAGACCAAGUCAGAGUCAGGGUGAUGAUGGGAGACAACACCCGCAUCCAGCAGAGGAGAGAGGAGGCUCGGAAGCGCAUGGAGAGGGAAAGUUCUCAGAAGGAACUCGGAGCUCCUCAAGUGAUUGGAUCUGUGAAUGAGGCGUCUGAUUUCCGAGGCAAUGACACGGCGGCAGAGCCAUCGACAAAGAAGUCCUCAGAAAUCCCAAAAGCCUCUGAGGCUGAUGGGCCAGAUACCACAGAGGAAGAGUCUCAUGACUCGAAGGAGCCCGAGGAGCAAGAUGGCUCAGAUGUUUUGGAUGGAGGCCAGCUGUCUCACCAAAGCGAGACAUCUCUCCGCCAGAGACCCGGACCGUGGAUGAGCCUGUGACCCAUGCCGCUGCACAAAAAGCACUUCUGUCCCAUCAGUCUUUAGCAGACUUAACAUGAUUUGGUAGAUAUUGUUUGACUCUAGCAAACCUGCUGUUUUGAGUCAGCCUAAAACAGGUGGAUGAGAUUACAACACCUGUGCUGUUUAAGCUAACAAACCACUGCUUAUUGUCUUGUGUUGAGAACACUUUACCUCAUUGCUAGGGAUGUCCUGACCAAGUUUUUUUUGCCAUCAAUCCCGAUCCGAGUAAUUUGAUAUUGAGUAUCCGCCAAUACUGAGUCCCAAUUCGUUACUUCUAUUUACCUGGAUAAUACAGCUGCGAAAUGCAUACUUCAAGUAUUUUAAAGUUAUUAAAAUCAGUCCAGUGUAUGUGCUUGAUGG